AUGGGCGACUUGUACAUGGAUAACAUCACCUGUAUCCUGGCGGCCGAGGGAACCACCGAGCCGAUCCCAAUUCUGGCAGGGCUACGUCAGGGUUGCCCACUGAGUGGAAUCCUCUUCAACUUGGUGAUCGACCCGGUCAUCCGCGCAGUGCAGGGUGGUGGUUUCGACCACAAGAUCCUUGCCUACGCGGACGACCUGACUCCACUGGCCUCGACUCCGCGCAGACUUCACCAGCGCAUCCCUCGGAUCGAGACCCUCGCCGCGUCCCUGGGCCGGUCCUUAAACCCGUCCGAGUGCGCAUCUUUCCACAUGGUUGGAUCGACACCUGUGGGGAUGCACACGAUGGAGUUCAGUUUCUCGCGCAUCCCCAUCUCGGUACUGCGUGACUUCGAGCCGCAGCGGUACGUGGGACGGCUCAUCGUCUUUCGGAUCCCCUCUGGCUCAGGUUCCGUCGUCGAAUCCGCUGUCGCCCAAGCCCGGGCGAUCAUGUCGUCGAUGUUGGCGCCGUGGCAGCGUCUGGAUGCCCUCCGGACCUUCGUCUACCCGGCGCUCAACUUCCCGAUGCGAUGCGGCGUCCUGUCUACGACGGACUGGCGCCGACUGGACGACGCCAUUCGGCCGCUGGUAAAACGGACGCUUUACCUGCCUACCAACGCGGCCACCAACUAUAUUUACGGUUCCGCCUCCGGUGGUGCCGUCGGGAUCCCGGUUGCGGCGGAGCUUAGCGACCACUGCCGCAUCGACUCCGCCUUCAAGCUUCUGACGUCCGCCGACACCGAGCUGUGGCAGAUGGCAUUGGACGACGCUCACUCGUUCGCCACUGCCCGUCUCGACUGGGAGGUCGCCCGCGCGGAGCUGGAGGCCUACCUCGGGGCAUCACUUGCAGACGGGUUCUGGGUCCGGGCCACCCAGCUGUGGUCAGUCUGGACAAACGCCCGUAAAGCGUACCGUUGCUACAACGUCGCCUGGACCCUGGAUCCGGGUGGCUUCCAGCUCACCUGCGGUGACGCCACGAUCACCCCACAGCACCGGUGCCGCGACAUGCGCACACUACGAGAGGUGCUGGCCACUGAACGGGACCGCGCCCUGCACGACCUUCGCAACCAGGGUAAAGUGCUGGCCUCCGCGGCGGCUGAUCGCGCCAGUUCUCAUUUUAUGCGUACGGGCGCCUUCACCUCUUUCGCGGACUGGCAGUUUGUGCACAGGGCCCGCCUCAACCUCCUACCCCUCAACGGCCCUUGCAUGUAG